CCGUAAACGUAAUUUCAUUCGUCAGCAAGUUGUCGUGGAACACGCCUGUGUCAUUGUGACGUUUUGUUCCAUAUUUAAAUGAAUUUUAAAAUAUUAAUUCAAUCUGCCUCAAUCUAGUCAAAAUGAUUUUCAUUUUUAUUGUUUUAUCGUUGACUUGUUUUCAAAGUUUAGAAUGUCUUACUGGCGGCAAACCGCAAAUAUCUCGCUUCAAUUUCUUUGACACUGAUCUUCUUCAAUACGCCGCAGAAGAUAAAAUAGGCAAUGUGGUUGUGUCACCUGCCAGUAUUAAAUCCGUUUUGGCAAUGUUAUUGGAAGGAGCGGCGGGGGAUACAGCAAUUGAAAUAAGAAAUGCUUUAAGGCUAUCCCCCGAUAAAGAUGAAUUUAGGGAACAAUUGAAUGCUUACCUUUCAGUGCUUAAGGUAAAUGAUUCUGAUGUAACUCUACUAAAUUCGAAUGCCAUAUUUGUAGCACCUAGAGUGAGUGUAAAAAAGGAAUUUAUAAUAAUGCUGUAUAAUGUAUAUUUGACCGAAGUUCAGGUUGUUAAUUUCCGUGAGCCUGUGCCUACUGCUGAUCUUAUAAAUGCUUGGAUCAGUAAGAAUACUAAAGGACUUAUCAACACUUUAUUGGAGCCUGAGCACAUCGAUCCCAUGUCAGAGUUGAUGUUAGCCAAUUCGUUAUAUUUCAAGAGCAAUUGGCAGCAUUCGUUCAAUCCUCAGCUGACGCGGAGCGCUUGUUUCCGAAGCCGUGGCAACUGUCAUAAUGUCGCCAUGAUGGAACUCCAGGCAGGACUUAACUACGCGUAUGUGGACGAUUUGAGAGCUCAUGCCCUUGAAUUGCCUUAUGAGAAUGGUCGUUAUUCAAUGAUCCUGCUGGUGCCACAUGAACAAGACGGUGUAUCCCAGCUGCUCAGAGAUCUACCAUACUUCAGUCUGCCACAGAUUGCCAGCCUUAUGGAGGAGACGGACGUCCGAUUACAAAUGCCCAAGUUUACUAUAGACUACACCGAUGACAUGGCUGGAGCUCUAAGAGCGAUGAAGAUCAAAUUACUGUUCACCAACAAAGCGGAUCUCUCGAGCAUGUUUAACAGUUCGGCGUUAGUUAACAACAUAUUCCACAAAGUGCAUAUAGCCGUUGACGAAACGGGUACGGUCGCGGCUGCAGCUUCCUCCGCUAUGGUCAUACCACUUAUAGAAAACGGUGUCCAAAUUCGUGUUGACCGCCCAUUCCUCUUCUUUAUAAGGGAUAAUAAAUUAGGCUUGGUGCUGUUCGAGGGAAAAGUCGAGGAACCGACUCCUUAUGUUGAACCUAAACCUGUAACACCGAAUAUAACUGAUACUCCGAUUGUUCCUAAAAAUGUGGCAUCUUCGGAAAGAAAAUACAUGCCGAAAAACUUCAUAAGACGAUUUUUUGGUUAAUUUAAGGUGUAUCUGCAAAAAUACUCAGCUGUAGUUAUAAUAAUAAUAAAUAAAUAAAUCGUUGUA